AUGGAAGCGGACCGGACGUACAACAUCUCUGUCGAAGCAGCGCUGUAUCCGCUCAGAAGGGCGGUUCUGACCAAGUUACACUGGGGCAGCGGCGUCUGCGAAAUUCCCCCAGAGGGCUUCCACCUGUAUUACAAGACCCGCAAGGGCAAUGAGGCGCGCUUCCUGGAUUUCUCCCAAUGCGAUGACGCGGAUGUGCGGCUGCUCGCGCAAACUGCGCGCCCCGUCUCAGUGGAGCGCUCCCGAGUGAAAGUCAAGACGCUGCCUCGGGGCACCUUCUCAGCGAAUCUCGAUGUCGACUCCCGCGAGGACUUUAAAGAAGCCAUUCGCGAGACCCUGCUCGACAACGACGAGCUGGGGUGGCUCGACGGCGAGCCCAUGCAUCUCGAAUUUCGCGGGCUGAAGAUGUACUACAAGCGUCGCGUCAGCUUCCAGGGUCUGCCGAAUGGCGAUACGUUGGACGAAGCGCUGUCUACGGUCAAAGACGAUCCUCCACCGACGGGCGAGGACUUGAUUGGUACGCUCGCGAUAUUUUACCCCAGCCCGCACGAGGACGCUGUGACCGUCCUACGUUGCGGGGCGGACACAUUCGACAUCCGCACCGGCAGCCCCGACGAGCAGCGCCCUGAAAGACACGUCGCAUACGCCUUUUUCGCAAAGGAUGUCGAAUUCGAGGUUGCCUCGAUCCGGUCUGGAUACCUUGUAACAAUGGUGUACAACAUCCGGAUCCCGAGUCUUCGGAGGGACAGGUACGACCGGCCUAGGAUGCGCACGCCUCCCGUCGAUAGGAUCCGCAUCCACGAUAUAAUGCAGGAGCUACUGCUGGACGAGACCUUCCUUCCCAACGGCGGCACCCUCGGGUUCGCGCUGACCCACCGAUAUCCUGCCGAAAAACCCACCCUGCGCAACCUGCGCGAGUACCCUCUCCCCAGAAAGUUUGUCGGACGCGUGCGGCGCCGCCUCAAAGGGAGCGAUGAGGCCCUCCUCGCUGUCUGCCGUGCGCUGCAGCUCGAUGUUUCCGUGCAGGUCCUCUAUGCCGACGAGGGCGAGGGCUACCCGAUCACGGUCAUGACAGAGGAAUUCGUCAACCUCGCGUACUACCUCUCAGACACCCACGUGCUCGUCGAGGUCGCAAAAAUGAGACAUGGCGUCCUGAUCGAGAACGUGCCCGGGUACGAGAACUUGGUGGAGAAGGUGCACUGGGUGACGUUCCCUGGUAAGGCAAAUCGGUUUGUGGAGCCAUUCUUGGCAUCCCACAAUACAGUGGUGUUUGCGCAAGGGAACUUGUGCUUGGUCAUGAGGAUUGGGCCGCCGGGGGCCAGGUCACUCGUAGAGCCCAAGGAAGAGUUCUUGGAAAUUUUGACUGAGGAAGAGGAGGACGGUGACGAGGGCUCGGAUAGGGAUAGCCUUCCGCCAGAGGGGAGUGAGCAGGAGCCGGAAGCUGAGCCUGAGCUCGAAUAUACUAGUGGGGAGGAAGAGGUUGACAGACCUGCUCCGGUCUCGGAGGACGCAGAUAGCGACGGCGACCACGAACACCAUGCACACAAGAGCCAUGGAGUUGACCAAAGCAAGGGUAAGGAGGAAAGGAUGAUUGCUCCGUUACCGGUUUCCCUGAAGGCACGAUAUCGGAAGCCUACGGAGUCUAAGCAGUGA